CUCCAACCUCACCACCAAUCUACAUCUACACACCAUGGCCUACCAACAGGAACGUCUCAUCGCCGAGCUCGCCGUCCAGCGCGCGACCAUCCUCACCCAGAAAGUCUUCAACGAGAAGGCCAAGGGAACCGUCUCCAAGGAUGACAAGUCCCCCGUCACCAUCGGCGACUUCGGUGCCCAGGCCCUGAUCAUCCAGGCCAUCCGCAAGAACUUCCCCAACGAUGAGAUCGUCGCCGAGGAGGAGGCCAGCUCCCUGCGCGAGGACAAGGCGCUGAGCGCCGAGAUCUGGAGACUGGUCCAGGACAUCAAGCUGGAGGACCCCGAGAGCGAUGCCCUCCUGGGCGGCCCGCUGCCGAGCGAGGUCGAGAUGCUGGACAUCAUUGACCAGGGCAAGAGCGCGGGAGGCCCCAAGGGUCGUAUCUGGGCGCUGGACCCCAUCGACGGCACCAAGGGCUUCCUCCGUGGCGGCCAGUACGCCGUCUGUCUUGGUCUGAUGGAGGACGGAGACGUCAAGGUCGGUGCCAUUGGCUGCCCCAACCUGCCCGUCAACGACGCCGAGACCCUGUCCGCGUCGAUUGGCGUCGACCAGACCAGCGGCGCCGGUAACGGUGUCCUGUUCUCCGCUGUCAAGGGCGUCGGUGCCGCGAGCCGGCCCCUGGCCGCCGGCAAGCUCGCCGAGAGCAAGUCGAUCUCCAUGCGUCCUGUCCCCGAUAUCGCCCAGGCGGUCUUCUGUGAGGGUGUCGAGGCGGCUCACUCCGCGCAGGGCGACAAUGCCGCUGUGGCCCAGCUCCUGGGUAUCACCGCCCCCAGCGUGCGCCUCGACUCCCAGGCCAAGUACUGCUCGAUUGCCCGCGGCGCCGGUGACAUCUACCUGCGCCUGCCCGUGAAGAAGGACUACCAGGAGAAGAUCUGGGACCACGCCGCGGGCGACCUAAUCGUCCGCGAGGCCGGCGGCCAGGUGACGGAUAUCUACGGCAACACGCUGGACUUCAGCAAGGGUCGCACGCUCGCGGCCAACACGGGCGUCGUGGCGGCGCCCAAGGCCGUCCAGGACCAGGUCAUCGGUGCGGUGAAGAAGGUCCUGAAGCUGUAAAUUACGC